UCCUUGUUUCUUACUUGUGUAUGAAAAAAAAGGAGACGAAAAGGAAAAAACAGAAGAACAGUGUUCGAAGAUGGAGAAAAUGAUGCGACUGAGACCAUUGUUCCGAUCACUGAGUUGCAGAUCUUAUCAUUUCGUUCUUCGUCCUUCUCUUCUCUCUCGCUCUCCCAAUCCUCUUCCUUCUCCUUCACCCUCAGAAUGCAGGUCUCCUCUCUCAAUGGGUUUAGGGAGUAUGAGAUUCUAUAGUGAAGAUGUGACCCACAUGCCCAAUAUUAAGGACCCUGUGCUUUACAAUGCUUUCAAGGAUUUGAUGGCGGUAAGUUGGAGUGAGCUUCCGGAUUCUGUCAUAUCUGAUGUUAAGAAUGCACUGUCUAAAAACACUGAUGACAAAGCUGGCAAGGAGGUUGUGGAAAAUGUGUUCUGUGCAGCCAAGGCUAUUGAGGAGUUUGGCGGGAUUCUAAUCUCCUUGAAAUUGGAAUUUGAUGACAGCAUUGGAAUGAGUGGCGAGGAUGUAAAGCCAUUGCCUGAUCAUAUAAAAAAUGCUCUGCAUACCAUUUUUGAUCGCUACUCCACCUAUUUGAAUUCCUUUGGACCCGACGAGAGCUAUCUACGGAAGAAGGUGGAGACAGAGUUGGGUGCAAAGAUGAUUCACUUAAAAAUGAGAUGCAGUGGCCUUGGUGCCGAGUGGGGAAAGGUUACGGUUCUUGGAACUUCUGGACUUGCAGGUUCAUAUGUUGAGCAAAGAGCAUAAAAGCAAUAUUUUAGAAACAGUGCAUGUAAUUGUUUGUCUCUGUUUUAUAUCAUGCUUUUGAGGAUGCCUGUAGACUCUUUGAUUUGUUUUUGCCUGACCUUUUUGUUCCCAAGCGUUUGAUAGCAUGGAAAUAAGAGCGCUUGACUUUGUUAGCUGGGAUUAUCCUUAAACAGCAUUUCUCUUUCGUUCUCAAUGUCAUUUUCCAAAGUUAACAAGUAGCAAUGCUGGUCAAGUUUUAAGGACUUGUAUAUUACCAAUAUGUAAAUGACAAGUCAAGAAGUUAAUUAUAUUGAGCUACUCAAUUGUAUCUGAA